AUGUCCAAGGUACUGAUUGAGAACGCAUUUGCCACCUUUCGAUGCUUAAAAGGGACAUUGGACUUUGUGGCGCACAGGAGAUUUUGGGCUUCCAGCCGUCAAAACUUUCAAAUCAACCAAACUGCCCUUGACAAGCUUUAUCCAAGGCAGGCAAAAAGUCUGAAGGUAUCUUCAAAUCCUGCUAAAAACCUGAGAAGGCGAUCUGCUCCUCUUAGUUCACAUUCAAAUGAUGGGAAUUUCAAGCUGUCAGACGGAAUCUUGAGCACAAGAGAAUGUACCACUACAACUACCAGUGAAUUCUAUGAUUUGGAAAGGGCGAUCAGCUUACUUAGCAGCUCAGGCUACCACCCUGUUACCUUAGUUCCAGAUGAAAUUGUCACAUUCAAGUACCUCUACAAUGGCUUCAGGUCGGAUAUCAUGGUUUUGGGCAAUUGUGGGACGGUCGUUGCGUGGGGUCUAGAGGAAACGCUAGUUAUGAAGAACAUUUUGCCCUUGAUACGGGACGCUAGGAUCAAUGCUCUGCCUGAACCUCAAUUUGAAAGUGAAGACCUCGAUUACAUAGAGAUUGAGUCACCACUAGAUCUCGAGAAAGUGCAGAGCCUAACGAGUAAGUCUGCAGAAGAGAGUUUUAUAGAUGGGGAUCUCAUCAUUGUAAACAAUCUUGACCCGGCCAUGGGUCUUCUCGACAAAGCUGCAUUCUCGAGCGGUAUGUCGCGAAGCACUAGGCUCGCGGUUCUGGAGGAACUUUUGAAGACCCAUAUUGAUAAGUCUAGGAAGUUCACUGAGCUACUAUCGACGGGGAAGAAGCUCAAUCUUACCGAGCCAGAAGUGCUCAAGUCUACGGGGAGUCUGUUUCUUAUCAGAGGCAAGCUUAAUCUCUACUCGGAACUUAUCGAGACCCCAGAUUUGUACUGGAGCGAGCCACGACUGGAAAGAAUCUACAAACAGAUGUCCAGAAGUCUUGACAUCCAGCCAAGAAUCAGCAUUCUAAACUCUAAGCUCGAUUUUGCGGCCGAGGAAUCCAGAGCGUUCAUGGCAGUACUCAGCGAACGGAAAAGCACGUAUCUCGAGUGGAUUAUCAUAUAUUUGAUCACUAUUGAAGUGUGUUUUGAGUUACACCACUACUAUGAGCGCUACUGGCUUGAUAGACCUCGUGAGACCUGA